AUGACUGGGAAAAAAGUUUGGAGUAACUUAUUCUUUCCUGGAAAUGUUGGAAACAACACAUUUAAGAAGAAGGCUCCCAAGGCAAUAAAGGAGAUCAGGAAAUUUGCAGAAAAAGCCAUGGGGACAAAGGAUGUAAGGGUUGAUGUGAAGCUGAUCAAGCACUUGUGGAGCAGAGGGAUCCGAAGUGUCCCGAGAAGAGUUAGGGUUCGCAUUGCUCGUAAGAGAAAUGACGAUGAAGAUGCAAAGGAAGAACUCUACUCUCUGGUUACAUUUGCCGAAAUCCCAGCUGAAGGACUGAAAGGUUUGGGUACCAAGGUCAUUGAUGAUGAUGAUGAGUAA